AUGAGCGAGCUGGUCAAGACACUCAUUUCCGAUGAUGCCGACGAUGACGAGGUGCAGGAGAUUCCUCUGCCGAAUGUCAAGAGCCCUGUGCUCUCCAAGGUGAUUGAGUUCUGCAGCCACCACCACAACAACCCCAUGCGCGAGAUUGAGAAGCCCCUCAAGAGCGCUGAUAUGCACGAUGUGGUGUCCGACUGGGACGCCAACUUUGUGGACAUUGAGCAGGAAAUCCUGUUCGAACUCAUCCUGGCUGCCAACUAUAUGGACAUUAAGAGUCUGCUGGACCUGGCCUGCGCAAAGGUAGCUAGCAUGAUCAAGGGCAAGACCCCUCAGGAGAUCCGUGAGACGUUCAACAUCGUCAACGACUUUACGCCCGAGGAGGAGGCGCAGAUCCGCGAGGAGAACAAGUGGUGCGAGGAGGCUUAAGCUUAAAGUUAUCCUGGAGCAGUUAACGACGCAACUCCAAGCGAGACAGUGAUGCUGGUAUGCAGAGCAUCCGUCAGUUGGAAGUCCCAUCAGCGAGCAUGAAGAAAAGAAAAGCGACAGGACGUCUAUGCUGGCUCUGCGGCGUGUGCUCGGUAGCGAAUAUCGGUGAAAGAAGACGAGGAGGGAGGAGCUUGCAGAUCUCUCGACGUGUUUUGAGUUCUUUGGAGCCGAAAUGAAAAUAUCUCGCGCGUUUUAUUUUUUUUACGAUGCAUUAAAAUCAAGCAGUUCAUUUCGAUACUUGCAACAAGGUUUGCAAACCGCUGCUAGAUUUUGUUUUGGUGUGGGCACUGCAAUACUGUUUUAAUCACACACUUGUAAUAGAGGAC